AUGGACAAGUCGUCCGACAGAUACAGUACCCAAGAUAGCGAGACCACACAUCAUUCAGUAGUAGAAGAUGAGGAAACUCCGCCGACUUCAAAUACAGAAAAUCCUCCUCCCUCGCCAACAACAACUGCCAGCUCAGAAGGUUCGCUCGUCCCACCACAACUAGUUACACGUUCGGUCAAAAACGUAAAACUUCCAAACCGUUUGGACUUAUGAGAACGCUAACAACGAUAUUGACCUUUUGACAUUUUCAGUUAGUUUAAGAAAAAUGAACGGUGUUACAUUGCCUUAUUUUCAAAUAGGAUAAUUGUUGUUAUUGUUUCGAAAGUGGAAAUAUAGGAUAGUCGUGUAUAGCUAUAGGCAGCAAUGCAUGCUGGGAACGCGGAUAAAGGGGAGUCGGCCAUACUUGAAAAAGAAACGUUUUGACUUUUGGUUGUUGAUAUUAAAUCUAGACUUUACUACAAAUACUACAAACCACGACAGUUUAUUGCAGAAUAUUACCUACAGUUGACCCACGUUUGAUAUAUCUUUUUCAGGUAGUAUAGAUACUAACCACGACAGGUUAUUGUAGAAUACUACCAACACUGGACUACCACGUUCGAAAUAUCUUUUUCACCUAGUUCACACACAAACUACGGCAGCUUAUCGUAGAAUAAUACUAACUACACUGGACCAGCAUGUAACAUUUAAGAACACCGCCGUUAUGGACAACCCCCAUGCCUAGUUACACUCUUUUAAUUUUGAUAGUGUAAGCAUGGAAAAAAAAUGAAAUGAAAAGAAGGUAUUGUAAGUAACCGGGCAUUUGAAUUAUAUAUGUGUCGAGUAAAUUGAGUGGCAACAGGUUUCACUAAGCAACUAUUGUGCAGCAGAAUAGCAGAUGGUGGUCUUCCUGCAGUGAGAAAUAUAAUGUUAGUUCUUUUCAUUAUAUGUAUAAAUCUUGUUUUUAGUCUCGCAGCCGGUCUUUGCGGAGACGAAUAAAUAAAAUUGAAAGAUGUAGUUUAAUUUUCCUGCUUCUACGAGAGUCAACAUCUGCUGUACUGUGACGCUUACUGAAACUAACUAAUAUGAAACUAACUAACAUAAAAUAAUACCUAAAUAUUUACUUGAUUAUUUUUUCAGAUCUCAUUCAAUGUCCACGCCUGACACCUCCACUUAAUGGUCACGUGAUCAGCUUGAACGAAGGUAGCGACAACGUCAUGAUUUUCUCAUGUGACCUAAGGACGCAGAUGAGUGGCUCAGAGAUUCGAGUGUGCCAGCGCAAUGGAACCUGGACAGGAAGAACAACGCACUGUGAGUAAGAGAGUAAGAUGUUGGUCUGUGACUUACGUUUGAUUCUUUCUAUCCAGUAUAAAUAAAGUUAGUUUAGUUUAAGUUUCCUCCUGUAGUAACACUGCGUCAAUAAGAGAUAACUCUUACUGGACCUGGAAAAGUUUAGAACUGAAAGAGCUAUCCAACAUAAAUAAAGUUAGUUUGGUAUCAGUGCAAUCGUGUAAAAAUAAACUAUUCUUUGAUGGUUGUGUUUUAGGUAUAGGAGAUAUUUUACACAGAGAAGGCUCUAUGAUUCUUAAAGGUCACAACGAGUAUAGAAAAAGUUUGUUAAAUUUUCUUAAACCAGUUCAAACUAGAGUUUAUUCUAAGUGGAAGCUCUGUUACCGAGCCAGUAAGGAUGGAUGGUCAGCGUUCAACUUCCACGGCGCAUGCGGAAACAGGGUGUCGACAGUCACCAUUAUUAAAGUGGGACAGUAUAUAUUUGGCGGUUAUUCAGACAAGUCAUUUGGAGGUGGGUAUUAACUAAUUUAAGCCGUGGACCAUUUUAGAGGUGUCUGUACUAGAGAAGUGUUCCUAAAGAAAAUGCAUAAAGACAACACUGGGAUUUUCCAAGCAAUGAAAAAAGUUCAAAAGACAAUGGAACAUUCAUAUCACGGGAUUUUCAAAACAAUGAAAAGAAAAUGGAACAUAAGUACAUUCCAAACGCUGGAUUAUAACUGGAUGGCAAGCGUCAAGCAAAGCGCUCAUACUAUAGAUGAAUAAACUUAUAUAAUAAAGAAACACAAUUUAAACCAAAACUAAUAAAAACCCUUCCCUUUUUAGUACCAGUACACGAGUAUCACAACCGUUUCAACUACAGAACGAACAGUCGUAACUGUUACCGAAGCUCAAAAGCAUUUAUAUUCUCCCUGAAGAACAAAGACAACCUCCCCCCAUUUCAAAGCCAUCCAUUCCAAAACUAUGCUAAUGCAAUUUGUGCCGAUGCAAGUAAAGGAGCUGAGUUCAGCUAUGGUAUAAAGAUAAGUGAUUUUGCUGGCAGCAACACAGGGUCGAGUAGCUCGCUUGGUUACACAUACAGACCACCGUCUGGUUAUAGUUAUGGUCAGUCACAGACGAAUGCAUUGCUUGCUGGAAGUGCUAGUUUUACCCCUGAUGAGAUUGAAGUCUUUUUUGAAGAAUAA